GAUUGAAAAUUUAAAGAAUCCUUUCUUGUAUUAUUUUUAAAUUUUGAUAAUAUUAAAAUAUAUAAUAGAAAACAUGAGUUGUCAAAGAGGAAAUGCUAAUCGUUCGAGGCCUCAAAAAUAUCAAAAUCAAAAAUCGUUUAAAAAUAAUCUAUAUGACAAAUCUCAAAAAAUAAAACAAAUUAAUAGUACCGAAGUUACCAAUGUAUGCGAACGUUGCAAAAAAAUAAUAGAGUGGAAGAUCAAAUACAAAAAAUAUAAAGUGCUUAAAGCUCCAAUGAAAUGUAUUAAAUGUGAACAAAAAACUGUGAAACAUUCUUAUCAUAAUAUCUGCUUGCUUUGCGCCAAACAACAAGGAGUAUGUUCAAAAUGUGGACAGAAGACAGAAGUCGUAGAAGGAACAUGCAGUAAGGAAGAACAAAUUAAAUUAGAUGCCGAAUUUAAAGCAAUUCUAAAAACAUUAUCAGAACGAAAACGAAGAACAUUGUUACGUUAUAUGAAUCGACAAUCGAUAAAAAGUAAGGAAAAUAAUAGCAAACCUAAUACUUCUUUGAAUACUGAUGAAACUGACAAUAAGGAUAGGAAUGAAGAUGAAACAAUUCCGAAAAAAGAAGAUUUAUUAAUAAAAAUAAAAUCAUUAGCUCUUAUAGAAGAUGACGACAUUGACAGUGAUAUUGAUGAAGAAGAAAUUAAUAAUUUUGGCAGUGAUGUUUAUAACUUAUGUGAUAGAAUUUUUUCUAAAUAAAAAACUGUAAAUUAUAAAAUAUGAUCUUUUUCAAAUCAACAAAAUAAAAUAAAUAAUUCUAUCCAUAA